ACUUCCUUCCUUGGCCAUUCAGACAAUAUUCUUUGGCUCCUUCCUGGAUUUUGCUCCGUGCAGGCAGAGCUUCAUCCUCACUGCUAGGACUCCAUGGCCAAAAGUCCUGAGUACAGCGAUCUCGGCACUUUCCGUGAGCAAGUUCAGUGCCUCACCAAUGAAAAUGUUCAGCUGCAAGAUCGAAAUGAAAGGCUCUACAGCAAGGUGGGAGAAUUGCAGGAGAGGCUGGGGCAACUGGCUAUCUCCAAGGCGGACCUGUCCUCCAGGCUGAUCCGCAGUGAAGAGGAGAAGCUCAAGAUUUCCAAAGACUUUGUCGAUUUCCAGAUCGAAACUAAUAAAAAGAGAGAACAACAUGAAGCUGAGAACUUUGAACUGAAGAAUCUGAUCUUGGACUUGGAGAAUCGUAUUCUGGAGACUGAGCUCCGUGAUGAGAGGACCACUGGCGAACGUGGUGCUUUGCAGGAACGCCUGCACGCCUUGGAGAAUGACCACAAGGAGCUGGGAAACGAGUACCUUGCUUUGAAGAGCAACUACCUUAUAUUGGACAAGGAGCAUGAACAGGAAGUCUCUAAGAAUGAAGAACUGAGCAGGGAGUUACUUAACUUGGUUAAGUCCAAGCAGGAGCAUCCACACCACCUCCAAACCAAGAGCAAGGAGUCCCAGUCUGAAGCUGAAGAACCGUCUGCUGAAGUGAAGCGGGUGCGAACCUUGGUCCAUCGCCUCUCUGCCCGCAAAGUCAAGCCCAAAGAUGUGGCAGUGGCUUCAGACCAAGAACCUCAAAAAUUGGAGAAAAGUUUACUUGGAAACCAAGGUCACAUUACUGAAGAGAUGGAAAAAAUGAGAGAAAUGUACAAUUCCCAGCAACAGAAAUUGGAGGAGAGAAUGAUCACCAUGGGCAAGGAAUUGCAGGAGGCCAAGAAAGCAAUUCGGCACACGCAGCAUAAACUGGCAGAAGAGUCGGCGAUAUUGCUGUCCUCCCAAGGCCAUCUUCAAGAGGUUGAGGCCGAGAAUUCCAGGCUACAGUUACAACUCAAAGAGCUGAAUGAGGAAUACCGCUCACGCCUUGUUCAGUACAUCACAGAUCUGGCGGAAUACACCGAUAGUACAUCGUCAACGGCUAAAAGGGAACCCAUUCAAAUGAAGCGUUUUGUGGGCAGCAUGUUGAAAGACAUCCGGGCUUCCUAUAAAUCUCGGGAGGAACAGUUGGCGAGAGCUGCUCGUGGUUACAAGAAGCGCAUGCAGAAUUUGGUCAAGAAGCAUGAGGGUCUACUCAUUGCCUACAGGAUACAACGCGAGCAUAUCCGGUUGCUGAGCUCUCACGAUCUGGAUCCUGGCCCACCGGAGCACUAUUUCUCCAUCACGGACGCUGAACUGCUGACCAACACCUCGCAAGAGUUAAAUCGGUUGCGGGAAGACAAAGCCAAUCUGGAGGGACAACUCUAUGAGUUGCAGAUGAAGGUAAAACUAAGUGAAAAAACGAUCUCUGGAACGUCUUCUCAUGUACUGCCUCUCCCUGUGCCUACUCUGUUGGAGGGCGAGGGCUGGGCUGAACUCAGGAAGCAGCUACGGGAAUUUACCCACACUACUCAAGUGGAACUGGAAAGGGAGAGAAGCCAGCUGCUGGCCCGGGCGAUGGUAGCAGAAGAGCAGGUUGUUGAACUGCAGGAAUAUGUGGACAAACACCUGGUGAGAUACAAGCAGGAGAUUGUGAGAAUGCGCAAACUCCUAGGAACAGGCGGAUCCCAAGGAUUGAGUGCUGAAGCACCUGAGUUUCCAGUAUUUUUGAUGUCCCAAAGGAACCUCAGCAAGGAAAUGUAGUUUUCUUAUCCAAAUAGAGCUGGAAGAGACCUUGGAGGUCUUCUAAUCCAGCCCCCUGUUCAAGCAGGAGACUUUAUACCUGUGAUGGCUAACCUUUUUGUCAGUGUGCUAGGAGCGGGGGAAGGAUGGUGGUCGUGGUAUCAUGCGCACAUGCGCCCUGCCCCACACUUGCGUGCGCAACCCCCCUACACUCCUGACAUACAAUGGCAUGAUCCCACCGAAAGUUGGCAAACGGGCAGUUUCUGGCCCCUGGAGGAGUGGGGAAGGCUGUUUUCGCCCUCCCCAGAUUCCUAGAAAGGCUCUGGAGGCUGGGGAGAGAGAAAAAUGGGCCUUCCCCACCACCCCAAGGUCCUCCAGAGGCAGGAAACAGCCUGUUUCCCUACUUCUGGUGGGCCCAGAAGGCCUGAAAAUCAGCUGUCAGGCGCAUGCAUGCGCGCCAGAGCUGAGCUCGCGUGCCCACCGAUAUGGCUACGCAUGCCAUAGGUUCGCCAUCAUGGCCCUAUACCAUUUCAGACAAAUGACUGUCCAGUCUCUUCUUAAAAAACUCCAGUGAUGGAGCAUCCACGAUUCCUGAAGGCAAGCUGUUCCACUGCUUAAUUUUCCUCACUGUCAGGAAGUUUCUCCUUAAUUCCAGGUUGCUUCUCUCCUUGAUUAGUUUCCAUCCAUUGUUUCUUGUUCUUCCCUCUGGAGCUUUGGAAAAUAUCAGAAUCCUUGCAGAUGUUCUCAAGAGGCCUAGACUCUUGGCCUGAGUAACAACUGGACCUAACAUCUGGUACACAUUCAUCCCCGAGAUAGGAGGAAGAAAAAAAGGCUUGAAGUCUUCCACCAGCAGCCAAGUGGGUUCCUGGGUGAAAUUUAAGCUUCAAAAAUGUGAAUGUUUUGUUCAACGCUACUCCAAAAUUCCGGAAUUUGUCUGUUUAUGAAGAGCUUUUGGAUAGAACACUGUGUGUAUAUUAUACAGUGUGUGUGUGUGUGUAUAAGAGGUGAUUAUGCAUUCUUGGAAGGACAUCCUGUAUAACUUAAAACAAAAUCUGUCCAUGCUUUAUUUUGACUUAGUAUGGAAACACGAAGAUCAAAUAUGAUUCCAUUCG